AUGUCCAUCCUGGGAAAGAGGGUCUCCGACUCGGGCGCAGAGGCCCACGCCUCCGCCGCCUCAAAGAGAGCUCGCUCCUCCCACGUCCCCACGGCCGCUUACAGCGGCGACGACGACGACGGCCAGCAGGCGCACGAAGACGAGGCAGGCGAGGAGCGGCUCGAUCUCCUCUCGCAGCUCACCGCUGACGCGUCGCAGCGCGGUGGACGAUCUGCCAGCGCCAUCGUCGCCGAGAGAGGCAACGACAGAGACGUCCAGAUCGCCCUGGCCGCCCUCGCACGCGCCGAACAGGAGCCACAGACCGCCGACGAGGAACAGGAACGGCUCGAUAUGGAGGCCUUUGAGAGGGAAGAUCAGGAGGCGCACAGCAUGAGCGAACUCAAGGCCGGCGCCAUCGAGCGCGUCGAGCUAACCAACUUCAUGUGCCACGAAAACUUUGCCAUCGACCUCGGUCCGCGGCUCAACAUCGUCAUUGGCCAAAACGGCAGCGGAAAGAGCGCUAUCCUCACCGCCAUGACCAUCGCCCUCGGCGCCAAGGCCAGCUCCACCAACCGCGCCUCGAACCUCCGCACCCUCGUCAAGCACGGCAGCGCCCAGGCCACUGUCCGCAUCACUCUCUCCAACGCGGGCGACGAGGCCUUCAAGCCUCACCUGUACGGCAACAGGAUCAUCAUCGAGCGCCGCAUCAAGGCCGAAGGACCCGCCACCUGGAAGCUCCAGGACCGCUCCGGCAAGACGGUCGAGACCACCAGCGCCGAGCUCCACGCCAUCUGCGACCAGUUCAGCCUGCAGAUGGACAACCCGAUCAACGUGCUGACCCAGGACAAUGCCCGCCAGUUCCUCGGCACCAACGACCCCAAGAAGCUCUACACCCUGUACUUUGACGGCACGCAGCUCAGCACGCUGUCCAAGGAGGUCGAGAUCAUCAAGGUCAACCUGACCAAGAUGGCGACGCAGCUGGCGCAGCAGGCGCGCGCCCGCGACCGCCUCAAGGACAACCUCAAGGAGGCCGAGCGCCAGUGGGAUCGCGUCCAGGCGGCGCGCGGCUACCAAACCAAGAUCGACGACCUGAAAAACGAGAUGGCGUGGGCCCUCGUCGCCGAGAGCAAGGAGAGCCUCGAGCAGGCCAUGAUCAAGAUCGACAAGGCCCGCGAGGACCGCGACAAGUACGCCUCGGCGCUCAGCAAGACGGAAGAGGAGCUGGACCAGGUGGGCGACCAGAUCACCUCGCUCGAGGCCGAGGAGCAGCAGCGCGCCGAGAAGCAGGCUCCGCUGCUGCAGGAGGGCAAGGAGCUCAAGCAGAGGAUCGCCGCCAAGCGGAUGGAGCAGGAGGCCGAGAGGCAAAAGGAAAAGGAGCUGGCGCGGCAGCAAAGGUUCCUGCGCGGCGAGAUCGACGAGCUGCAGGCCAAGAUCGACGUCGAGGCCGAUAAGCUCAACAUCGACGGACGCAGGCGCCGCGACGUGCUCGAGGAGAGGCAGCUCGAGCUGAAGGACAGGCUCAAAGAGAUCGAGGAUGAGCGGGUGCGCGUGCAACGCGAGGCCGAUGAGCUCGAAAAACAGCGAGUGAACGUCCACGGCCCUCUGAGGCGCGCCGAGGCCGACCGCGACCAGAUGCGCCAGAGGUUCGAGAUGUUCGACGGCCACCUCCGCAGCCUGCAGGGCAACCAGCACGAGAGCGUGAUCGCGUUCGGAGGCGUCAACGUGCCCAAGCUGCUCCAGCAGAUCGACAGGGACCGCAACUGGCGGGUCAAGCCGGUCGGUCCGCUCGGCAGGCACCUCAAGGUCAAGGACAUGAAGUGGGCUCCUGUCCUCGAGAGCGUCAUCGGCAACACGCUCAACGCCUUCUUCGUCACCUGCCACCAGGACCGAUCGCGGCUGGAGCGCUACAUUCGGCAGCUGAGCCUCCACAAGACCAUGGUGCUCACGGGCAGCGACGAGCUGUUCGACUUUUCGCAGGGCGAGCCGAGCCCAGAGGUACUGACGAUCCUGCGCGUGCUCGAGUUUGACAACGAGGUCGUCAAGCGCCAGCUCGUCACCCAGGUCCGCAUCGAGCGUUCGGCGCUGGUCGAGACCCGCCGCGACGGAGACCAGCUGAUGCGACGCCGGCCCCACAAUGUCCAGAACUGCUACAGCGGCGACCUCUACCAGAUCCGCGGAGGAGACGUGGGCAGUGCCUCGAUCGCGCUCAACAAGUACGACGGCGUGCCGCGCUUCUCGCAGAGCCAAAAGGACCAGAUUGCGAGGGUGCAGCACGACCGCAAAGAGGCCGAGGCGCAGCUGCUGCGCGCCUUGGAGGAGCUCGAGAAGCUCGUCGCGGAACGCAGCAAGCUCGACCGGCAGAUCGACGAAAUGCGCAAAAAGGUGCUGCCGGGACUGAACCGCCAGGCCGACAUGCACCGGCGCGACAUCGAGCGCAUCGAUGCCGAGCUCGCCGAGGCCGAGUCGGUCAACCUCCGCGCCUUUACCGAGUCCAAGCAGGAGAGCGAGCGUGCGAUGGCGGACAACGUGGACCUCUUCAAGGCGGUCCAGGCGAGCAAGCAGGCCAUCGAGGACGAGCUGCGCGCGCUCGAGGAGCAGCUCGAAGGCAUCCGAUCCAAGCUCGAGGGCUUCAAGCGGGCCACCAGCACGCUGAGCGAGCGGAUGCUCAAGGCGACUGAGCGGCGCGUCAAGCUGGUCAACAACCAAGACUACUUUCGCAAAAAGGUCGAGGCGGCCGAGGCCAAGCUCGAGGAGGCCAAGGCCGAAGAGGCCGAGAGGGCGAGCGAGCUCGACGCCAUCGUCGCCGAGGCCCAGCAGCUGAGCGAAGAGGUCGAGACGGACCGCAGCGCCGACGAGAUCAGCCGCGAGAUUGACGCGACGCGCGAGAUGCAGCGCCGGUCGAGCCGCGAGGCGGGCAUCAGCCUGGAGCAGGCGCAGCGCGAGCUCGAGGAGGCCAAGGAGAGGCGCGACAAGGGCGAGGAGCAGUACCGGCUCAUGACUUCGCUCCACGCCAUCCUGCAGCGCGCCAGCCUCAAGCGGUGGGACAAGAUCAACGAGUUUAAGCGCUCGACGGCGAGCCGGACCAAGCACCUCUUCACCAAGCACCUCCAGAAGCGCGGCUACUCUGGCUCGCUCCACUUUGACCACGGCGCCAAGACGCUCGGCAUGAGCAUCCGCACAAACGACCGCGGGCGCGGCAGCAAGAUGGGCGACCCCAAGGCGCUGUCGGGCGGCGAAAAGUCGUACACGACGACGUCGCUGCUCCUGUCGCUGUGGCAGGCCAUCAAGAGCCCGAUCCGGUGCCUCGAUGAGUUUGACGUCUUUAUGGACACGUUCAACCGCAAGAUUGCCCUCGACCUCCUCAUGGGCGAGACGAUGGCGUACCGCAACGUCCAGUACGUCCUCAUCACGCCCCUCGAGCUGCCGGGCAACGUCAACGUCGACCAGGACGGCGUGAUGGUGCACAAGCUCGCCGAACCCGAGCGAGGCCAAAACGUCUUGAUGGGCUGA